ACCAAAUGACUAAAUAUUUGAUUUCCACCGUAAUUCCGAUUCCGAGGCAAACAUUCAUUCCCUGCGCCUGCUCUCACCCCACCAAAGUCAACCUCAGAGUCAAACCCCAUGGAUCGUCUUCAAAAUCCCCUCCAUCUUUAGGCCGUAUCUGAAUUUCCCAUUCUGCUUUUCUAAUUCCGGUCACCGGAGUUUCAAUCUCAAACCUUACUAACUUUCUUGAUGUCUCCACAAUUUCAAUUUCUGUUAUUGCUCUGCCUUUUGGGGUUAGGGUUUCAUGCUGAUUUUGGGCACGCCUUCAAAGUUCCCUUCAGUGUCAAGGAUGUGCUCCCGGUGUUGCCGCGCCAGGUGUCCUGGCCGGUGUUGAACAACUUCCACAGUGCGGUUGACCUGUUGCCGGCUUUUGUUGGAUCGGUGAGUCCUCAUAAUGGUACGAUUCAGUGGAAAGGAGCUUGCUUUAACGGCAACGAGGCCCGUAUGGAGUUCACUGAAAGCGAUCGGGACCAGCCAGGUUUGGGCGGAGGCAUUCUCCAUCUCACGGCAUCGGAAGCACACAGCUGGACCUGUAUGGAUCUUUAUGUUUUUGCAACCCCUUACAGGAUCACCUGGGAUUACUACUUCUCUGCUCGAGAGCAUACGAUAAAAUUUGAUUCAUGGGAAGAGUCUGCAGAGUUAGAAUAUGUAAAGCAGCAUGGAAUCUCUGUGUUUCUCAUGCCAUCAGGAAUGAUGGGCACGCUGCUUUCUUUAAUAGAUGUGUUGCCUCUGUUCUCUAAUACCAUCUGGGGUCAGAAUGCCAACCUUGCAUUUUUGAAGAAGCACAUGGGCGCUACAUUUGAAAAACGUCCUCAACCAUGGCGUGUGACAAUAAACCCAGAAGAUGUGCAUUCUGGUGAUUUUUUGGCUGUAUCAAAAAUCCGUGGUCGGUGGGGGGGAUUUGAGACUUUGGAAAAAUGGGUGACUGGUGCCUUUGCUGGUCAUACUGCAGUUUGUUUGAAGGAUGAAAUGGGUAAUCUUUGGGUUGGUGAGUCAGGACAUGAGAACGAGAAGGGGGAAGAAAUUAUAGUGAUCAUUCCAUGGGAUGAAUGGUGGGAGCUGGCACUGAAGGAUAAUUCUAAUCCUCAAAUAGCUUUGCUUCCUUUACAUCCAGACAUACGAGCAAAAUUUAACUCCACUGCAGCUUGGGAGUAUGCGCACAGCAUGUCUGGCAAACCUUAUGGUUAUCACAACAUGAUAUUUAGUUGGAUUGAUACUAUUGCUGAUAACUAUCCACCACCUCUUGAUGCUCACUUGGUCAUUUCUGUCAUGUCUAUGUGGACAAGAGUGCAGCCAGCUUAUGCUGCAAAUAUGUGGAAUGAAGCAUUAAAUAAGCGUCUAGAGACUGAGGAUUUGGACUUAUAUGGAAUUCUAGAGGAAGUUGAAAGGCGUGGCAUGGCCUUUGAUCAAUUACUUUCUAUCCCAGAGAAAGAUGAAUGGAUAUACAGUGAUGGGAAAUCAACUACCUGUGUGGCCUUUAUCCUUGCCAUGUAUAAAGAGGCUGGAGUCUUUGGUCCCAUUUCUAACUCUAUCCAAGUAACUGAAUUCACUAUUCGUGAUGCGUAUUCACUUAAGAUUUUUGAGAAUAAUCAAACACGUCUGCCAAGUUGGUGCCAGAACAAGGAUGUUCAGCUUCCAUUCUGCCAGAUUCUGGGUGAGUAUUGGAUGGAAUUGCCACACUACAACACCAUAGAGCCAUAUGCCAAUAUGAACGAGAACUGUCCAUCCUUACCUCCAAGUUAUGAGAGGCCAAUAAGAUGUUAAACUUUUCAUCAACCUGUUUGUUUUACUACUCUUGCAAAAGACAUGCUCCAUUGGUGCCAUUGAAGCUCGUAUCCUGUGAUUUAUUUAGUGCAAUGAGGCUUUUUCUGCAGAACCGAAGUUGCGGAAGGACUGCAUACUCUAUAUUCCUGCUAGAUAUGUUUGAUGUCUGUAAAUAUAUGUUGGAAGAAAAUUCUUUAUUUAUUAGUUAAAUAUAUUUCUAUAUUCUCUGAUGACAAUGUCAAAUUUUAAGAAACUCAGGACUGAUUUAAGCAUGCGAAUUUUUAUAUUCUAAUUCCCACUUUGGGAAAUUAUCCUGAAAUAAAAGAUAAUGUUGCAG